AUGGAGUCCAAAGAAACAGACGCACAAUCUCGGCCCUGCGAGACCAUCACCAUCCUAUACGAUUACGAGCUCAAGAACGCACCUGGGAAGUCCAUCGUCGGCCUCGAAGUCACAUACCCGCCAGGCGGCUUUACCCCACCCCACACACACGCAGGAGCCACAGUCGUGGCGCAUGUGACCGAGGGGAGCAUACUGAGCGGCAUGAACGGGAAUCCGCCCAGGGUGUACGAGGCGGGAGAGAGCUUCAUGGAGACUCCCAGCUGCCACCACACGGUUGGGGAGAACAACAGCAUUGAAAUCCCUGCGAAGCUUGUUGCGAUCUUUGUUGUGGAUACUGAGGUUGUGCGCAAGGGCUACGAGGGUCUGACGGUGAUUGAUGAGGAAUGGGUAGUAUCCAAAUAA